AUGUUUGUCCUUUUCUGCAAUUUUGACAGGAUACGAGAACUUGCAGAACCCAAGAAAGCAGCUUGUGCAAACGAUCCCAAGCUCACAUGGGGAAACCAAGAGACCAUCUGGACCCUCUCGCGAGGUGCUGUGACAGCUCAACCAUCCCCAAGGACAGUGGCACUGGCCAAGCCCAAGCAAGAUUUUGGCAAGCACCAGUGCAGGUCAUGUCCCCCACUAGUGAAUUUUGGCUUCCCUUCUGAUCGUCUGCUGAAGUUGUCUGAACCUAAAAAAUACCAGGCUGCUUACCUGCAGCAAAGACCUUGCCAGUCCCCUGAGUGGCCCGUGUCGCCAGCUGCACUGAGCUAUAAGGCCUCCCCACGGAUCCUGGAGCUUGCCCGGCCGAAGGCGCUGCACCCAGAGUUCCUGCUGGCCAGAGAGGUGCCCACACAGGUUACAAAUGUUGCGGCCUUGGCCAGAGCAUCCUCACGGUUACAACGUCUUGCAGAGCCCCGUGUCAGGAAGGUGACCUGCUGCUACAAGCACAGCUUUCCCGAAUCCGUCAUCCGUCCGGUUUCCAAGUUGGCUCAGGAGGCAAUUGCGAGCCCUCGGACCCUGGAGCUGGCUAGGGCAAAAGGAUUGCAUCCCGACUAUGUGCCCCUGCGGGAUGCUGAGUGGCCAGUGACGAAGGCUGCAAAGCACGCAGUGGCCACACCAAGGCUCAUGGAACUGGCCCAGCCUUGCAAAAGGCCUCCUAUGGGCUCGGCUCAAUUCAACCCAGACGCGUUCACAGUGAAGGAAACUGCUAAGAAGGCAACUUGUUCUGCUCGGAUCCAAGACCUGGCUCGUCCAAUUAAGCACUGA